AUGAAGAUCUCCAGUAUCCUGGCACAGGCACUCAGCCUCAGUCUAUCGCUCGGCACAGUUGCCGAGGCCAAAAACUCACGAUCUCGCAAUGAUGCAUGCCAUCCUCACCACCCAUUCCAUCCACUUCCUGGCAGCAAAGAUCGCCACAAGACAUGCCAUGUCCCGACUAAUGGCGACGGCACUGACGACUCCGCCCAUAUCCUGUCGACGCUGAAAAAGUGCAACAACGGCGGUAAAGUCGUCUUUGACGCCGGAAAGACCUACACUGUCGGCAAAGCCAUGGACAUGACAUUCCUUAAGAGCGUAGAUCUGGAAAUCCUCGGCACAAUUCAAUUCACCAACGACACCGACUACUGGCAAGCUAAUGCUUUCAAGCAAGUUUACCAAAAUGCCACCACCUUCUUCCAGAUUGGUGGCACAGACGUCAACGUCUACGGUGGCGGUACCCUAGACGGCAACGGACAGGUCUGGUAUGACCUGUAUGCUAAGGAGCCCUUGAUCUUGCGCCCAAUCUUGUUCGGUGUCAUCGGCCUGCACGGCGGUAGCAUUGGCCCCCUCAAGCUGCGCUACUCCCCACAGUGGUACAAUUUCGUUGCCAACUCAUCAGACAUUCUGUUUGAGGGUAUCGAUAUCUCGGGCUACAGCAAGAGCGCACAUGAGGCCAAGAACACCGAUGGAUGGGAUAUCUACCGGUCAAACAAUAUUGUUAUCCAGGAUUCAGUGAUCAACAACGGCGAUGACUGCGUCUCUUUCAAGCCCAAUUCCACAAACGUGAUUGUUCAGAACCUUCAUUGCAAUGGCUCGCAUGGUAUCUCCGUUGGCUCGCUGGGCCAGUACAAGGACGAGGUCGAUAUCGUUGAGAACAUUCUCGUCUACAACAUCUCCAUGUUCAACGCAUCUGACGGUGCUCGCAUCAAGGUCUGGCCCGGUGUGGCCUCGGCUCUGUCCACUGACCUCCAGGGCGGAGGUGGCUCCGGUAGCGUGAGGAACAUCACCUACGAUACCAUGACUAUCAAGAAUGUCGACUACGCCAUCGAGGUCACUCAGUGCUAUGGACAGAAGAACCUGACUCUCUGCAACCAGUUCCCCAGCAGCAUGACCAUCUCAGACGUAUACUUCAAGAACAUCAAGGGCACUACCUCUGGAAAACGGGAUCCUGUCGUUGGAACAAUCGUUUGCUCAAGCCCGGACGUCUGUUCAAAGAUUUACGCCUCCGAUAUCAACGUCAAGAGCCCAAAAGGUUCCAACACUUUCACCUGCACAAAUGUUGAUGACAGCCUGCUGGCUAUCAAUUGCACCUCGAGCUAA